GGCUAUGGUGUGGUGGAUGUGGGGGAGGGGAGGGGCACAGGCAGGAGUAGGCGUGGGAGAUACAAAGUUACCGUGACAAAAUGAAAGCAAGUGGGAGUAAGAUUGCUCCUGAACAGGCUGUGCACCUGUUCCCCCUGCAGCAACUCCUAGGAGGAGGUGAGAAGCACUGUGGGUGGUUACUACCAGCUGCUCUUAAAUCUGGCCAGGGCAGGUAGGGUCAGUGUGAUCCCAUUGGGCCCUUGGAGCGUGAGGGGGCUCUUCCUGCUCCUCCCCGAGCUGAGGGACGAUGGCCAGACCCUGGCAGGCCCCACGGCUCCUACUGACCAUCCUGGUGGCCCUGGUGGCCGUCACCUAUCAGGGUCGGAGAAAAACCCUCAUGAGCAUCCAAGAAGUCUCUGCAGUGGAGGAACCUGUGGCAGGGACUUUGCGGUACGUCAUCAAGGAGUACAACAAGCAGAGCGAAGACAAGUACAGCUUCAGGAUCCUCCGGGUCCUGAAGAUCUUGAAAAAGGUGACAGAUCACUUGGAAUUUCACAUGAACUUGGAGAUGCAGAGGACCACGUGCUUAAGGGCAGAUGACAGCAACUGUGACUUCCAGACAGGCGAGCUCUACAAGCAAAUCCAGUGUCUCUUCGUCGUCAUUGUUGACCCUUGGCUGGAAAAGUACAAAAUUGUGAACAAAAACUGCAGCAGUGUUUGAAGUAUCUGAGGAGGCACCUGCCAUCGCCAUGUGUGUGUCCACAGUGAUUGCAAUCAGCAGACAAUAAACAC